AACCCCAUAUGAUAUUCUUUUUUUGUCAACUCAACAACCUCAUAUGAUAUGCAUGGCUUCAUGAAGAAGACUUGAAACUUUUUCACCUUCCCGAUAGCUAAUAUCACAUCUUGCCCGUACACGUGGACCCAAACCCUCCUUCGCUGAAUGGCUGAUACGUCUACCCUUCCGCCGUUUAAUUACUUGUUCCACUAAGUCAUAUAUAUAUAUACUCUCGCUUCUCUUCUGUUUCGUGAUCAUAGAGACGCAGAGCAGAGAGGUUCGUUUCGUCUUCUUCUUCGUUUCUACACUCGAUUAUAAUAACUAAGGUUCGUUAUCUCUCUACGUCUUUCUCUGUGGUUAGGAAGCAACAUUUAUGAUUAGUGAGGUUGUAAAAAAUGGAUCUGAUUCGAUUUUUGAAAAUGCAGGGAGUGAGAUCAUUGGACUGCGCAAUGUCGAGUUUUAAUCAGAACGGUGACGCCAAGAAUGCUGAUACAUCGGACGAUAUUGAUUUCUCAAAGUUGCUAGAGAAGCCAAGGCCGUUGAAUAUGGAAAGACUGAGAUCACUUGAAGAAAGGUCUCUGACUGAACUAUCCACCUCACCACCACACCUUAGGAACGGGGAUAACGCUUCUGCUUCUCGUCUCCAAGAUCGCGCGGAUUGUGUGGUUUCGCCUAGCGUUGGCUUCAAUACACCUCGGUCGCUGGCUGGAUUUGAGUCUCAUCCGAUGGUGGGAGAGGCCUGGGAUGCUUUGAGAAGGUCUUUGGUGUACUUCCGUGGACAGCCCGUUGGGACAAUUGCUGCAGUGGAUAACUCGGAAGAGAAACUUAACUAUGAUCAGGUGUUUGUGAGAGACUUUGUACCAAGUGCUUUAGCAUUUUUGAUGAACGGAGAGCCGGAUAUUGUGAAGAACUUCCUUUUGAAGACUCUUCGUCUUCAGUCAUGGGAGAAAAAGAUUGAUAGGUUCCAGCUUGGUGAAGGAGUGAUGCCUGCUAGCUUCAAGGUUUUUCAUGAUCCCGUUAGAAACUAUGAGACGUUGAUAGCUGAUUUUGGGGAGAGCGCGAUUGGAAGAGUGGCGCCGGUUGAUUCUGGGUUCUGGUGGAUUAUUCUGCUCAGGGCCUACACCAAGUCUACUGGAGACUCUUCUCUUGCUGACAUGCCUGAAUGCCAGAAGGGUAUACGGCUGAUACUAAGCCUGUGUCUCUCUGAGGGGUUUGAUACUUUCCCCACUCUCUUGUGCGCUGAUGGUUGCUGUAUGAUUGAUCGUAGGAUGGGAGUUUAUGGUUACCCGAUAGAGAUUCAAGCUCUUUUCUUCAUGUCCUUGAGGUGUGCCUUGCUCCUACUUAAACAUGAAGGAGAAAGUAAAGAAAUGGUGGAACAGAUAGUGAAGCGACUUCAUGCUUUGAGCUACCAUAUGAGGAGCUACUUUUGGCUAGACUUGAAGCAGCUUAAUGACAUUUACCGAUACAAGACGGAGGAAUACUCUCACACUGCUGUCAACAAGUUCAACGUGAUCCCUGACUCUCUUCCAGAAUGGGUUUUCGACUUCAUGCCGCCUCAAGGAGGGUUCUUCAUCGGCAAUGUUAGUCCCGCGAGAAUGGAUUUCCGUUGGUUUGCUCUGGGUAACUGUAUAGCCAUAUUGUCUUCCUUGGCUACUCCUGAACAGUCAACAGCAAUUAUGGAUCUAAUAGAAGCUCGCUGGGAAGAGCUGGUCGGAGAAAUGCCACUCAAAGUUUGCUACCCUGCAAUAGAAAGCCAUGAAUGGAAGAUAGUAACUGGCUGUGACCCCAAAAACACUCGAUGGAGCUACCACAAUGGAGGGUCCUGGCCAGUGCUGCUAUGGGUACUGACGGCUGCUUGUAUCAAAACUGGUCGACCUCAAAUAGCAAGACGAGCGAUUGAAGUAGCGGAAGCUAGGCUUCAUAAAGACAACUGGCCUGAAUACUAUGAUGGGACGGUAGGGAGAUACGUGGGGAAACAAGCGCGUAAAUGCCAGACCUGGUCAAUUGCUGGAUACUUAGUGGCCAAGAUGAUGCUGGAAGAUCCAUCACAUGUCGGUAUGGUUGCUCUUGAGGAAGAUAAACAAAUGAAACCCGUUAUGAGAAGAUCCAACUCCUGGACUUGUUGAAAAGUUUGAUCAUGGUAACGUAGGAAAAAGAUGAGCUAAGGCUGAUUAAACUACUCUUUCUUCGUUUUUCAAAUUCCACAUUUACCUGUUUUUUGCUUUGUAUUUUUAGACUAUGAGAAAUUUAAGCAUCAUAAAAAGAUUUCAUCUGGUUUAGCUUUCAUUAUCUUAUUAUUAUAUAUGAUUUCUCUCUCUGGUGAAAUGACUGUAUAACAGAAGAGGAUUCUUUCUUGAGCUUCAAGUUAUCACCAAACCACAGUUCUUGAGCUUCAAGGUAAUACCAAAGCCCCAUUACUUUUUUGCUCAGACAUCAAGGUUUCGAGCAA